AUGGGGAGGUCGAGUAAAAGAUCCCAACGUCCGGCCGACCUCAUCAGCGUCCUCCCGGAGGAUCUGCUUCUGGAGAUCCUCGAGCGUCUUGGCUCCGCCCGCGCCGCCGCGGGCACCAGCCUCCUCUCCCGCCGGUGGCGCGGCCUCUGGACCCGGCUCCCCAGCCUCACCCUCAGCCUCCGCGACCUCCCAUUCGGCUCGAUCCAGGCCGCGCUCCACCGCGCCGCUCGUCCCGGUGUGUACAUCUACCACCUCAACAUCCGCGUCGCUGGCCAGGCCGGCAUGAUCGGCGCCGGGACCUUCUCCUCGUUUCUCCGGGACGCUGCGAGCCUCUCGCCGGUGGAGCUGCGCCUCACUCUCCCGCGGAACCUGCAAGUCUCCUGCAUGGAGGCGACACUGCCCAGCUUCCACCGCGCCACCUCCAUGGACCUGCGCGCGCGGGCCCUCCACUUAGCCGUGUUCGCAAAGCCAUGUGCGGCCAGUGGCUGGUAUGUCCCCUUCCGCUCGCUGGAGAGACUCUGCCUUUCGGGAUGCCACAUCGAUCUGGCCACCUUCAUCCCGUUCUGCCCGCGCCUGCGCGUGCUCCGGCUGAACACCACCGGUCUGAUAGACAUGAGCAACAUUACGGUCCACUCCGCGUCGCUGGAGGAGCUCGUCGUGGAGCACGGCAACAGAUGGACCGGCCGCACCCAUAUCAGCAUCAGCGUCGACUCCCCUGUGCUUAAGCAAUUGACAGCGUCCUUCCAUGCCUGCGGCAACAUCGGGGUGUCCAUCUUGGCCCCAAUGCUGGACAAGGUCUGGUGGCGGUGCUCGUAUGCCAAGCCGAUCUACGGGCUUUGUCUUUGGGGCCUCUCAGAGAUGGGCUUCAACACCCAAGAGACACACUCCGGGAGAGACGCCUGUGUGCAGCUCCCUAGCGUCCAUGUCCUGUCCCUACACAUAUCUGCCGUCCAGGAUUCAGUUAGCUUUCCAAAUGCAGAGCUCAGCUUUGAGGCAGAGAUCGAUAAACAUAUGGUUACCAACUUCUCUGGUCUGGACCUACAUCUCAGCACCAAGGGCCAUGUGUUUGGAGCUUUUGUGCUGCAUCUCCUUGGGAUGCAUCAGAUUCGUACAGCUUUACGGAACCUUAAGAUUGUCCUGCUAAGAUCAGAGGUGAAAGAUGCAUGCCCAGUAAAUUGCCUCUGUGAUGAGCCUAAGAACUGGAGAACAGAAACUAUCACCUUGGCUGAUCUUGAAAACAUGGAAAUUGAAGGCGUCGGCGGGGAAGAUCACGAGUUUGAUUUCUUGAAAGUGAUAUUUAGAUGUGCUCCAAUGCUUAAAACGGUGACCGUGAGGCUGUCAGAUGGUGUCACUCCAAGUGUCGAUUGGUGCACAAAAGUAAACAACAUGUUCAUGGCAUAUCCUUCUAUCGAAUGCAAUGCUGAUCUGGUAAGCAGGGCCAAAGCAGUGUGUUGA